CCGCCUGUCUAAGCGCGGAGGCGAGCCGCUCCCGGUUUUUAUUGACACGGGAGGGACUUUGAGGGAAACCGAGGCCUGGGAGCCUCCGGGGCUUCUGCGGAGUCAGAGUUCGGUCGGGUAGGCGCGGCCCCAGCAUCGGGCCGCCACAGUAAAGAAAAUGAGGCAGAAUGGAGUGCUAAGCAAGACCUUCCAAGGCCCGGCCGUGGUCUGUAGGACGCCGAGCAGCCAAGUUUACGUGUUUGAAAAUGGCGGUGGGGACGCAGGGGACUCCUCGGAGGAAGAGCCCCCGCGCGGGGCUCUGCGGCCGCGGGGCAAGGAGCGCCGGAAGCAGGGCGCGCAGCCCCCUCCCCAGCCUGGAGCCGGCGCCGUGGUGCUGCUACAGCGGGAGCUGGCGCGGGAGGACAGCCUCAACAAGCUCGCUCUUCAGUACGGCUGCAAAGUUGCAGAUAUCAAGAAAGCCAACAACUUCAUCCUAGAACAAGACAUGUAUGCUUUGAAAUCUAUUAAGAUUCCAGUGAAAAACCACGGGAUCUUAACAGAGACCCACAAAGAACUCAGGCCCCUCCUGAGCCCCUCCUCAGAGACCAGAGUGACCCUCGAGCAGCCGGACGAAGAUGGAGCGGCCAUAAGCGCCAGCGCCCUGUCCAGCCCGUUGACAGAUUUCUUCAGGGGCAUCGACCAGAAUAUCGAGCAUGUGGUGCAGUCAGAAAUCUUUAUAAAGGAAGGGUACUGCGUGGAGCCCCCCGAUCAGCCUCUGCUUCCGGCCCCUCCGAAGUCGCCGACCGACGGAGCCGACUGCGGAAUUCCGUGGUGGAACGCUGUUUGCAUCAUGCUGCUCGUUGGGAUUGUUUUACCAGUGUUCUAUGUGGUCUAUUUUAAGAUGCAAGCUACUGGGGAGAUUCCUAGUACCUUGAACACAACCGCUGUCCCCAAUGGCUCGAUGGCAGUGAGUGCCAGCCCAAGGCAGGCCCCCAAAUCAGCACUUCCGGUGCCAUCCACCGCCUCUCUGGACAGACAGCUCAGGCCGACCGCCUGGGCAGGGAACUAGCAGCCGCCGUCGCUAGAGGCCCAGGCCAGCUGUAGCGACGGGGCCCCUGACGCACUGCAGCUGGCACUGGCCACCUCCUAGGGGGCUGCGUCUGCUUUCCUGUGGGAGUGGACACAUUUCGGAAGCCCCAGUGUGGUCUCAUGUAACACCCUCGUCGUGUGAGCGAUGCCCUGUCCUCGCCUCAUCCGCGGCUGCUGAGCCGAGCCACCAACGUCCUUGGCCUCCUGUCUCCCGAAAGGCGUGCAGGAGAAGUGUUUACACGGGACGUGGCCGCCUUUGUUGAGGGCGUGAGUGUCUUCACAACAGCAUGUGCAGCCCCCAGACUGGAUGUGCUGGGGAGCAGGGCGCUGGCCUUGGCCCGCGGACCUGCGGGGCCCGGCUUUGGUCGCCUGGCUGUCGGCGGAGGUCCCUGCCUGCCCUGGAGGGUGACUGGCUCUGACCAGUGGCGUUCUCUGUCUCCCUGGGGAAAGGUGCUACCCAGUCAUGGUGAAUGUCACCCGCUUCCUCUCUGCCUUACCCGUUAGCCUUUUUGAGGCAAUGAUACUUGUAAAAUAACUUUUAACAGCCCUAAAUUCUAAUUGCUGUGAUACUGAGUGAACAGUAGUUCUGUUUGUCAUACUUUGAGAGCUGCUCAGUCCGAAGCUCAGGUGUGUUCAAAGCUGCUGCCCUGGCAGAGCAUCUGGGGGCUGGUGCCCAGUGUCGCCUGCCUGUGGAGCACCCCCUCGCCCCCGCCCCGCAGCAUUCACUGACUCGAUUCCCCGCGUCAGCUUUCCUGGAGGACGUUCUGCGGGCCAGCGUCUGGAGCUGAGUACAGAGAAUGCGUGCCAGUCCCUGAAGUCCCUCCGUGUGACGCAUAAGGCCACACGGUCUCAGGCCCAGCAUUGCCAGGAGCAGCAGCCCCGCGCACACCUGGAAGCGACGUGCAGUCGGGGCAGGCAUGCGUCCUGGUGCUUCCCCGACGCUGUUCGGAGUCCCGGAGCCACAGGAAGAGCCUAGGGCGUAGAGUGUUUCUUUGGGUGAACAACACUCUAUGUACAAUGUGACACAUAAUGUUAAAAGCCCAAACACUUAAGGGAGGGCGUAGAGGUGACCCUGCUGUGAAAAGCCACGGAAUGAGGGCCUGAAGCCUGUCCACCUGAGGUUCGCCCACCUUCUCCCGUUCAGGCGACAGUGGUGCCCCGGGCCGGGGGUUGGGGGCAGCCUGCUUUGGCAGGAGGCUGGUGGCUCUGCCUCGGAGGCCUCUCCCCAGGGGGCUAAACACGCACCGCACCUGAGCUCGGGCCUGGUUGGUGGCGGCUGACACGCGAGGCCCCAGCGGUAGGCUGAGGAGGGCUCACCACGAGGUGGCGGUGGGCCGGGAAGGGCGCCCAAGAUGAGCUGCCGGGCCCCCCCUCAGUUUUGUGAAAAGCGAUCUGCCCCGGGUUCAGUGAGUAAAUAUGAAUUGUCUUCAGAAUUAAGCGUGUGCUCUUCAAGACAAAAUGGUCUUCUGGGUGAAAUGAACUUGGGAACCUUUGCUACAAAAAACGUGUUAAUCUUGGGAUUGCUUUUCCAGCCAGACGCUCGCUCGCUGUUCACCCCAAGGGCCACCUGGUUCCCUUUGUCACCACUGACUUCACCGGGUGGGGCCCAGAGUCCUGUGGGGAAAUGACUUUUGCCCGGCAAAGAAUGAGUAACUGUGUCCUGUACUUUUUUCAAGUGGAAUAAAGUUAUUUCUUCUGUGAAGGAAAA